CCAUUUAAUUUAUAAUCUCCGACGCCUGGCAUUCGGCAACUUGCACUAAGUGCAGCGUGGUGGAGCGUACUCCACUCGCCUCCUUGAACCAGAAACAUUUUCCUAAAGGUCGCGUACACAGAAAACAAGUUUUUUAGGAUGAUUCGGUGAACUGCAGUUUCCCAGCUUGAUAAAUCCAUCGCUGAAUCUUGUCUUGGUUUACGCGCCUUUUUUCAACGUCGACUGUAAACCGUUGACAACAUCCUGUAAACUAUAAAUGUUCGAAUGUAACGUCAACGGUUGUGCAAAGUUCAAUUAUGAUUAGUCUGGUUUAUUAAUCUUUCAGGAAGAAUAUGCCUUUAAGUUUAACUAGUGCCGAAGAAUAUCUUGUUGAUUCAACGUACUGAUUAUAAUGGAAUUGGCUAUCGAGUGCAGCUAUGUUGGUUGUGGCAAAUCUUUGAAAAGUGGGCAACGAUUUCACUACUUUCCAUAUCACAAUGCUGGCCUUUGCGUUAAAUGGUUAAUGAACAGUGGUCGUGAAGAUUUGCUUACACAUAAAACUUCGGUUCUGGAAUCUAUGAGCCUCGCUAUAUGCGGUGACCAUUUCCAGGACAAUGAUUAUAACAGUAGAGGAACAUUGAAAAAAGGGCGAGUUCCGCUUCAAUAUUGGAAUCUUGGAUAUCCUUGCGAACUUGGUGAAAUUAAAGUUGCUAAUAUGGAUCAACAACUACACAAUAUCGACCAGUCAAGUCUUACGAGUAGUGAUUCAGAAGAGUCAACAGAUGAUGAACUCCGUACACGCUUGGGAAAUGAAAUAGAAACACUUUUGAAUUCCUUCCAGAGUCUGCGGGACAAAUCACAGCAUAAAAGUAAACCACGUAUUGGACAGUCUUUGAAAACAUUUUAUAAGAAAUUUGAUAAUAAGAGAGAUAAAGAUAAAGAUGAAAACGAAGUGACUAGGAUAGGCAGCUUGACCGAAUUCAAAAGAGUAACCAUUAAUAUGUGUAGAACCUGUGCUAAAGAAGAGAAUAAUCUUGUUGAUAUAGCGGAAAAAUAUGACAAUUGUGAUGUUGAUGUAAUCACAAAAUUGAAACUACUGAUAGAGAUUGAGGAAAACGACGUACUACCGAAAAAAAUCUGCUCAGAAUGUUUAACUAAAUUAGAAAAUUCUUAUGAAUUUUUUCAACAGAUUUAUAAGGCUGAUAGCACUCUGCGCGCUUUGUUACUUAUUCAUAAUAAACGAACGGAAUGUUUCUCAGAGAAAAGGAAAUACAAUGGUCAGAGCGCUCACUUGUGGGAUACAAAAAACAAAAGUCAAUUAUUCAACAAGAAGACUGAUCUUUCCUCGGAAGUAAACAAUAUGCCUUUUGAAAAUUGUGUAAAAAGUAGAAGAGUGACGAAUAGCCACGAUACAAUAGAUGAUUCAUAUAAUUCUGAUAAUUUUCAAGAAAGUUCUUGCAAAAGCAAUGACAUCCAAGAUGAAAGUAGGGUACUGGGUAAAUUAUACGCAAGUGAUACCUCUGAAAACACCGUGAGCUAUAUCCUUUCGGAAUCUUGUGACAAUGACGAAGAAUUAAGUUGGCUGGAUGUUGUGGGCGUCAUGAAAACGGAAGGUCAAGUAAACGCAUCAACGUCCGAUACGACUCCGGAAAAAUUAUCUGACAGCAAGUUCCGAAUUUCUUGCCAAUACUGUGAUAGCAGUUUUCUAUUGCGACGUCAAUUAAAAUCACAUAUUAAGUUAGAUCAUCUUCAAUCAAAAAAUUACAACUGCAACCAUCGUGAUAUUUACUAUGAAAGUCAAGAUGAUUUGUCGCAACAUCAGAUUCCCCAUUCUAAACAAAGAUAUAAGUGUAACGAUUGUGAGAAAAUGUUUUACAAAAAACGGAAUUUGAGAAUACACAUUAAAAAAAGCCAUUCAGCUAACAAAAAUAUAUUUUCGGACAUAAAAGAACGAUCUAGUUGCGGCGAGACCAUCUUGACAACUGAAACUAAGGUCCACAGCAUCCCAGGUUUGGGUAAAAUUUUUACCUGCAACGAUUGCAAGAAAAUGUUUACAUCCAAACACACGCUUUAUUAUCACAUUCGCAGAAUACAUCCAUCUUUUGCUUACACUUGCACAAUCUGUAACGAAGUGAUGUAUAGUGAGGCAGAUACUCACAAACACAUGACAAUACAUGAUAAAUCUCCGUUAUUUCCUUGCCUGGAUUGCGGUGGAAUGUUUUACAGCACUGAACAAUUGGAUAAGCAUAAAAAUGCACACGCUGAAGGUGCGCUGAAAAAACGAAAGAGAGUUUGGUUCCACUGUCAAUUAUGCGAAGAAUCGUAUGUGGUAGCUGAUGAAUUGAUUAGACAUAUCGGAACUCACACGUCCGAGGACUGGGAAAACUAUAGAAACAAAAUCUCAUACUGCGGAGAAUGUAGUACUCGAAUAAUUGGCGAUGAAAAGUUUCGUAUACACAAAAUGAAGCAUCAUUUAGCCGAACGAGGUGAUUUUAUCUGCCUGCUUUGCGAGGAUUUUACAAAAAACUUUGAAUCUUUACAAGAAUACACGAGCCAUAUUAACCAACAUUCUGAUGAAUUAAAACAACUAAAUCCCCGAAAAUACAAGUGUGCGUACUGCGACAAGGUUUUCAGGUCAAACUCUUACCUAAUAAGCCACCAAGAUUCUUCCCAUUCCGAUAUGACCCUGGGCUCAAGCCCGGAAUGCACUCCAAAAGUUAAACGUGCGAAUAAUUCCCAAGAUCAAACGGAAGAAUCGCGGAUUUCAAAGGACCAUAAAGACACAUGUAAAGAACCUGUUGAAAAUUUGGAUAAUUUAGUUUCUUGGGAUCGAAACUAAUCCCAGUGGAUAACAGUAGUGUUCGACUGGACAGCGACUUUGAACAACAUUUACUUACAGACGAUGUGAAACAAAAUUAAUUUACUCUCACUAUAAUUUUGUUAACAUGUUUCAUAGCCAUUGAUAAUCCGCUUUUUCUGUAUACUAAAUUCAUACGUGAAAAAAUGUGGCCCCUGUCAUUAGAAACUACAAUAUAAUUUGUUACAUAGAUAUAUUAUAUUGACAUACUGAAAUGAAAAGACAAUACACGAUUUCUUUUUAAUA